AUGUCCGACACGAGCGAUGAUGACGUUCCUUUGAAGCAAAGAGUGGCAAAGAAGAAGGCGUCACCGAAGAAGAAGCCUGCAGUGAAGGAGAAAGCGCCGAAGGCUCCGAAGAAAAAGGAGCCAACAAAACCCAAGGCGUCACCGAAGGCAAAGGCAGCUCCUCGGGCGCCUCGCAAGAAAGCGCAGGCCGACGGAAAUGCGGAAGAGGAGGAGAAUCUGCUGCCUAACGACGCGCGGAAGUAUUUCAAACAGGGACAGAAAUUCAUCACCCCCCCAAAUGUGAGGCAGAACAAUUUCUAA